AUGGAGGCAGGCACGGCACAGGUGGGGCGCAGGUUGGGCGCAAGUAGGGGCGCAGGUAGGACGCAGAGAGCGCUGCAGGCGGACCAGUACGAGGCAGCGCAGGAGCUAAGGGAGAAGAUCGCGGAGAUCGACAGAGAGGACAGUUUCUCCCUUUCCUCCCCUUCCCCCUCCCCCUGCCCUUCCCCCCUCCGCCUUCCCCCAAUCCCUCUAUCCGCGCAGAGAGCGCUGCAGGCGGACCAAUACGAAGCAGCGCAGGAGCUAAGGGAGAAGAUCGCGGAGAUCGACAGAGAGACAGUUUCUCCCUUUCCUCCCCUUCCCCCCUCCCCCUGCCCUUCCCCCCUCCGCCUUCCCCCAAUCCCUCUAUCCGCGCAGAGAGCGCUGCAGGCGGACCAAUACGAAGCAGCGCAGGAGCUACGAGAGAAGAUCGCGGAGAUCGACAGAGAGACGGCGCGGCAACGAGACGCCAAAGCCGCCAUCUCCUUCGCCUCCGCUGCGCCUCCUUCCCCUAUCCCCUGCGCUAACCACGCCGCCGCCCCAACCGCCGCCCCUUCCGCCGCCCCUUCCGCCGUCCCCUCCGCUGCCCUUUCCGCCGCCCCUGCCUCAUUCUACGCCAUUACCUUUCCCCACCCUUAUUUUUCUGCCUGCCCGCUGUGCAGAGAGGAGCUACAGCAGGCAGCAUACGGGGGAAAAACAGGGGAAGGGGAAGGGGAAGUAAAGGCCGUGAGGUGUCGCUUUCAGUUGGGGCAGCGCGUGCAACACUGCAGGCACGCCUAUGAUGCAGUGGUGGUGGGUGUGGAUCCCGUGUGCUGUGAGUCAGCAGAGUGGAUGGCAGCUGCUGACGUGGCAGGCCUUCCCAGAGGGCCGUGUCAGCCGUUUUACCAGGUUCUCUUGGACUCUGCUGAGGGAGGAAGCUUUCCGGUAGCUUACGUGGCCGAGGACCAACUAAUCCUUCCCAGCGAGCCGACAACA